AUGGAUAUAGAUACAGGGAUGUUUACGGUUCCUCAAACCGUUGGCAGUGUACUGUGUUGCAAAUGUGGUAUUCCCAUGGCACCGAAUGCUGCCAAUAUGUGUGUCAAGUGUUUGCGCUCUGAAGUCGACAUUACUGAAGGUUUGCAGAAGCAUGUGACCAUUGUGCAUUGCCCUGAAUGUGAUACCUGGUUGCAGCCUCCAAGAACCUGGAUCAAAGCCCAAGUGGAAUCAAAGGAGCUGCUAACGUUCUGUGUGAAGAGGCUGAAGAACUUGAAUAAAAUUAGGUUGGUUCAUGCCGAGUUCAUUUGGACUGAACCUCACUCCAAGAGGAUCAAGGUUAAGUUGGUAGUUCAGAAGGAGGUUCUUAAUGGAGCAAUACUUGAGCAAUCGUAUACUGUUGAGUAUGUCCAGCAAGAACAUAUGUGCGAGUCUUGUGCUAGAGUCCAGGCCAACCCUGACCAGUGGGUUGCAGCUGUACAGCUCCGCCAGCAUGUUUCUCAUAGACGCACAUUCUUCUAUCUGGAGCAGCUGAUUCUGAAGCACGGUGCUGCUGCCAGUGCCAUAAAGAUUACACAGAUGGACCAAGGUAUCGAUUUCUUUUUCUCAAACCGGAGUCAUGGUGUGAAAUUUGUGGAGUUUGUGGGUAAAGUUUCUCCAGUAAGGAGUCGUAAUGACAAACAGCUUGUUUCCCAAGAUUCUAAAAGUAAUACUUAUCAUUACAAGUAUACAUUCUCAGUGGAAAUCGCCCCCAUUUGCCGUGAGGAUUUGAUCUGUCUGCCUCCGAAGGUUAGAUCCAGUUUUGGAAAUCUUGGUCCUAUAGUGAUUUGCACUAAAGUGACAAACAGCAUUGCUUUGCUUGAUCCUUUGACCUUGAGGCAUUGUUUUCUGGAUGCUGAUCAAUAUUGGAGGUCAACCUUUAAGUCUCUACACACGAGCCGGGAGUUAGUGGAGUAUAUAGUGCUUGAUGUAGAGAUGGUUUCAUCUGAAGUUAAUGUUGGCGGCACAAGGUAUGCUUUAGCUGAUGCACAAGUUGCCCGUGUGUCCGAUUUUGGGAAGAAUGAUACUAUUUUCAACAUAAAAACACAUUUAGGCCAUCUUUUAAACCCUGGGGAUUAUGCUCUUGGUUAUGACUUAUAUGGGGCAAACAGUAAUGAUGAGGAACUAGACAAGUACAAGGGUCUAGUUAUUCCAGAUGUAAUUUUGAUAAAGAAGAGUUACGAAGAAAAGCGCCUGAAGAAGCGUUCCAAGCCUCGUGCAUGGAAGCUCAAAUCCCUUCCCAUGGAAGUUGAUGCUAAAGGUAGAGGUGUGCAAGAAAAGGAGGCCUCAGAGUAUGAACAGUUUUUGAAAGAUCUGGAAGAGAAUCCUGAUUUGGUUUUCGGUGUUAAUAUAUACCAUAAUAAAGAAUACCAGCCAUCAGAGAUGGCAUCUGAGACUGAUGGGGAAGAUGCACCACCUACUGUGCCCUUAGAUCAGUUGCUCGACGACAUGGAUAACCUCCAACUAAGAGAGGAUGAAGAUGAUGAGGACAGUGGCAGCAUGAGGGAAUAAAAGUAGAGUCAUCCAUUUCGUUUGUAGCGAAAUAUAAAUUUUGUCAGGGUGUUUUGUUUAAUCUGGUCUUUCUUGCGCACUCCAUAUAAAAAGUAAGUUUGUAUUUCUGUUGUGUAACAAAGAGUUCAGUUCCUCUUUGGGUUCUAUCUAUGGUUUGUUUUGUUG